UUUAGCUCUUCUCAAGACAAAAAUCACUCCGUCCUUCACACAGAAGACACCGAAAUAAUUCCAUUAUGUUCCCAAUGUUCGUCUAUUCCCAAUCUACAUUGGUCUUGGCGUGUUGUAGAGAUAUCAAGUCAUCUCAACACUACAACCACAUGUGAAGUAGACGACCUUACCCUCAACUCAAGCAAACUAUUUAUACCAGCUAGCACUCUGCAAUCCAAUACUUUAUACAAAAUACAAUUAAACGUGACAAGCUUGACUCGUAAUAUUAGUGGGCACUGGAAUUAUGAGUUGAGAACUAAUGACAUACCAAUGGCCGGCUACUGUGAUAUCAAACCUCAUGAGAGCAUAACUCUACUGACUGCGUUUCAAACCAACUGCUACGCAUGGUACGAUAGAGAUCAACCGCUGAGCUAUGAGUACUUGUAUUCAACCGACGGCGCAAAGUAUAGUAUGUUUUAUAAUGGAGAAAGUCCAGCCUCUGGGCUGAGCUUUUUUAAAGCGGGCUUGCCUGAACUGGGUUUUGUAAUCAGUGUUAAAGUUAUCAUCAAAGAUGGCUUAGGAGAAUCGUCCGUUGUAUUUUUGACAGUCAAGGUUAGUUGGUUUAAUACAGUUCAUUGUAUGGCAAUGAGUUAACUUUAACAUAUCAAUCUAUAAAUAUUGGUUAGUGCAUGUGUCUUUCAUCUGUGUGACGAGGUUUGAUGCAAUAUGCAAUUAUCCGAUUAGAACUUCGCCUCAGUCGUAUUUGAGUUCUUCCAGAGUGCUUCCAGUUCGACUUUACCAUUACGGGUUUUCCCUGCGUUCUUCGAUUUCCUUUUCUAGUAAAUUAGAACCAGUUAGUGAUGAUUGUUACUGGUCCUCUAAAGAGAACAGUUUAGAACUGAUAGAACUAUCCAGUGUGACUACAGGUGGAAACCUCGACUACCAAUAAGGGAUGGCUUUUACUGGACUUAAAGAGACGCAGUUAGUACCGUACGUAGUACCUUUAGUUGUACCAUGUAAAUUAUAUCAACUGUGCGUGUACUAACCAUCUAAAAGUCUGUGUAUGGUCCUUCGAGCACGUGGUCCUUCGAGCCGGUUAUCUGGUAUUUCGAGCCGGUUACGUAAAAAUAAAAUUAUAUAGGUUUCGAUUUCCUGCUGUAGUAACAUUACACCAUUAAGUUUGCCUUUACUGGAUCUCUAGGAAGAACGGUUUAGAACUAAUGGAGCUGUCCUGUAUAAAUAAAGUUAGCUUAGUUUAGGUUUCGUCCUGUAGUGACGCUGAAUCAAUAAGAGAUUAUCCUCACUGAACCUCUAGGGAGAACAGUUUAUAACUAAUGGAGCUGUCCUGUAUAAAUAAAAGUACAAAAGUUUGAUCAUGAAAUUUCUUUUAGAACCCUCCACCUUCUGACAAGCAAAUUGAAGAAUUCUUCAACUCAUCUCAACAAAUAGACGGCCAAGUGUGUCACCUAUUGAACGACAAUAAUGUUCAAGGUGCUUUGCAAUUCCUACAGACUGUUAGCGGUUUGUUGAAUGAAAGGUCGAAUAGGAGUGAACAAAGUGGCAAACGAACUGAGGUGUGUUGUGUUUCUUGUUGAGCAUAUCCGUUGAGAAAGUCUUUAGGUUGGUUUCACUUUUUUAUGGGGGGUCAACCUGCAGUUAUCAGAGUGAAAAAAUAAUGUUCAUUCUUAUCAUUAUAUGGAGAUGUCUUGUAUUUGAUGCAAGUAAAUAGAGAGAGGUGUAUUUUAAUUUGCUUGUUCGGUUGUUCCUACAGUGACAACGUGACUACCAUCUGCUGUCCCGUAGCACUCGAGGCUCAUUUCCACUCAGGAAAAUUUUCCGCAGAAAGAAAUAUUUGUGAAAUGUGAUUGGCCAACACAAAUUUUUCGUCGGAAAAAAAUGUUGAAGUUGAAAAUUUUGAAUUUUUAACAAUGAUAUUGUUGGAAAAUUGGUAAAUUUUCUUGAUUGAAAAUAGGCCUUUACUACAAUCCUCCUAUCAUUUCAUAUCGUUAUUAGAUGCGUGAAAGGAUCUUAGAUAAUCUCAAGAAACUCUGUUGUUCAGAUGGUGUUGCAACGAAACAGACAGUUGAAACCAUCUUUUCCGUGGUCAGCGUUCCUUCAGAGUUGAGUCUUGACGCACAGGUAGCGACGAAGUUUAAAAUUCUGACCAUCUUUUAGUUUUGGUUGUAGGUCAAAUAAAUAUAUGACUGAGGGACCUCGCCAUCUGACUUCAAAACCAUUGAACUUAUUUUUAUUAAUUAUCAUGAUAAUUAGUGAGCUUAAGCAAUCGAUGUUUUUAUCAACAUGGACAGUGCUGGAAAAUGUCCUGCAGCGCCAGCAGCACCGCUGCCAGGAAAUUUUUAACAAAAUAUCUUCGCAGGAAAUUUUCUUACAACUUGCAAGAAAUUUUUGUCAUCUCGUCUACUGGAAUGGCAUAUCAUUUAUACUUAUUGUUUACAAAGACCAUUUGCAAGUCGAGAUCGUCUUGUGCCUAGAUUAAAGUUGAUCACAUUGUGCGACACCAUACGUUCUCUGAAAUCUAUAGCUAUCAUGAGGGUUUAUAUUUGACUUAUACACUGUCACAGGAAAUUUCUAUUUUUGAAUUUUGCUGCCAGGAAGAAAAAUAUAUUUUCUAGGCCUGAACAUGGACGUCACCCGAAAAUUGGUAUAACUAAUUUUGGCGUCAUUUUGUAUCGUAGCGCUCGUAGUAAGGAAGUAAAAAACUGUAAAAAUCUUGUCAUAUAAACUGUAAAUGUUUUGUCAGUCCCCCCUCGGCAUCUGACGUCCGUACCAAAACGUCGCUUGCUUUAAAAGUUCCCUAAUGAAUCGAAUGUGAAUCGUGAUGUUACUUAUAUUGCUGUUGGUACGUGAUGGCCAUAUAUUGUCCCAGCCUAUUCAGAGUACAAACGCUUUACUAGCAUACUUUUUUUCAGUUACACGCUUCGACCAUCUAUCUAAACAUCACUCGAAGUCUUCACUUAACAUCGGAGAAGAGCGAAGUUGAGAAAAUGGCUAAAAAAAUAGCAACUGGUAUCUCCCUGCUGUUGUCAGCUGUUACGUUGCUUAGCAACGGUACUACGUCAGGAAAUACUACGCAGGUAAACAGUUGGUCUAUCAGUAAUGGCUGACGUCCAGGUUCGUUUGAAAAACCGUCUACACGCCAUCCAGAGUUUCGUCAGAUCAGUGUUUACCAAUACUACAUUCGUUUUUCAGUUCGACCAAAUUCGUUGUGACUGAGACGAAAUUAUAAUCAGACAACAAUAUAUUACAGGAAUCAAAACCUCGGUCACAGAACAGGAAUCUUACAGAAGGACUUCUUGGUUUUGCCUGUGAUGGGCCAUUGAAAUGCUGUCGCCAUGUUCCUAGCCAGUGCCCUUAUGAGAGACAUUCACCCCUCAAAAUGGCAGGCGUUCAGGGGGUGAAUGCUUCUCAUAAGCGCACUGGGGAACAUAGCGAGUUUAUUAUGAUGACAAAUCAUGGCAUGACAGCCUUCUGUGAGGUCUCCAUUAUGUGCCUCAGUCACAGAGAUGAAAGCAUAGAAAUAAUACACGUGCACUGGUCAUUGUCUCGUUUUCCUUUAGAUGAACAAAAUCAACGAAGCUUCAUUGCUUGCCAUCGGUAAACUGGGCGACACUUUACUCCAUCAGACGGAGCCUGGACAACCCGCGAUCGUCUUGGCCACAUCUCUAUUUACCAUUGCUGUUCAGAAACAUUUUACUGACGAGUUUUCUGGAACACGUCUCACUUUCCCGAAUCAGAUCACGGAAUUUGCGAUUCCAGGGAAAUUGAAUCCUAUUCAAGGACCAUUUGUUAGCAGUAAAGUGAGUGGGCUGAUAGUGUAAGGCCCCGUUUACAUGAGACCGGAAUGAAAUCAAACCGGGACCAUUUCGUUUCGGUCAUAGUAUAAUUUAUAAUAGAUGUUUAUAUGAGAUAUAUGUUUUAAUAAAGUUUUCCUGUCUCUCUCUCUCAAGUCAUUCCGCCUGCUGAACCGUGCCGACUGACUUCAGACCGGCAUGAAUUCAGACUGGGUUGAAUGUAAAUACAAAUAUAUUUCAGACCGGUCUCGGCUGUAACCUUGACAUUGGAACAACACAUGCUAACAAAAGCCAUCUAAAAACGAAAAUUGCCUGGCAAGGGGAAUAAAUUGAAAAUUUUGUGAUUUUCGUACCGGUCUCAUGUAAACAUGUUGACAAUUUCAAUUUUCAUUCCGGUUUGACUUCGUCCCAGUCUCAUGAAAACGGGGUCUAACAUUUGUUUUUUACGGCAUAUAAUUAUUUGGCUUAUAGAGACGGCAUCACACGAACUAUCAGGGAAAUAUCAGUCAAGAUAGUUCCCAAAACCAUCGCCUGAAUAGAUCGCAUAAUAUAUUCUAGAUAUUUCAUAUUGAUCCUGUGUUUGACCAAUGAUCUGUCAAUUUCUGAUAAAACUUUUGCUGUGUCUUUCAGAUGCUAUCAAUGUUAAACAAUCCUUUCUUACGGCAAACCUCAUCGCAUCGUCUCGAGCCAAACACUGAUGUGGCGUCCUUGGAAUUGUUGGACAGUCAAGGAAUUGAACUUCAAAUGAAUAACUUAGUCGAACCUUUUGAUAUCUUACUUCAGGGCAAAGACUCCUCCAUAGUCUCUACUCAGGACUCCGCCCAAGACUCGUCCCAAUCCCCCACUAAACACUCGUCCCAAUCCUCCACUAAACACUCGACCCAAUCCUCCACUAAACAUACCUCCACACUCGCAGAAGACUCUGACCCAGACCUCUAUGAAAUCAACACGACCAGAAGCAACGCAGCUAUUUUAGUCACUAUUCAGCAGAUCUCCGCGGAUACCAAAGGCCAAUUACGCAUGCGCAUAUAUAAGGCCAACCAAUCACGAGCAACCGGAAAUUAUCUCAUUGUCUCGACCACAUCCUCGUUUCCAGUUUCCUUGACAUGGCGUGGACUUUUGCGGCGUGGUACCUAUUAUGUUAGUGUUGAAUAUGAGAGUUUGGCAUUUCGCCGGGCGGGAAAAGCGAACGGGAUCGAAUACUCGAUGUCUUUCAGGGAAAUAGGUUGUUAUUAUUGGAAUGUUUCCCGAGAGAGGUGGAGGGCAAGUGGUUGUCAGGUAAACUAAUGAGUCACGUGGUGGUCAUGUAGAGUCCAUGUGAGGGUCACGUGGCCAUGAUGAUAGCCGACUUGCUACACACGCAAAAAUCUCGCAUCUUGUAGCAAGUCUGCCAACAAGCCUUCAACAAGUUGUGUUCACACUGCUUGUCCCAAGUUGUCAACAAGUUUGGAACAAGCUGUUAACAAUUUGUAAUUAACAACCUUGGCUUGUUACAAGGUUGUUCCAACAAGUCCGAUACAGUCAUGAUAUAGCAAUAUUGUUACAAGCUUGUGUCGUCAACCUUGUAACAUUCUUGUUCAUCAUGACUGUAUCAGACUUGUUGGAACAACUUUGCGACAAGUCUGAUAAUGCCAUCAAGCUUGUUACAAGUUGUUAACAAACUUGUGACAACAAGCUUGUUCCAAACUUGUGACAACAACUGGGAACAAGCAGUGCGAAGACAACUUGUUGACAGCUUGUGAACAGAUCUGUAACAACUUGUUUGCAGACCUGUAACAACUUGUGCGUUUUUACGUGUGUACAAACGGUUGUAUUGAGAAGACGAUAUCAGAUCUUUCGCACAUCCCCAGCUUGUUGACAAAGCUGUUACAACUGAUGACUUUAUUAUAUAAAGACCGUUGAUCAAGUUGAGUGGCGUCUUUCUUAAUUCAGCUUAGCUCUCAGCUGCAAGUAAGGAUGGUUAGCACCCUCUUUCCUAACCCUCCCGCCCCCCAUCCCCACUAAAAAGGCUCCUUAUUUCCUUAGACCUUCAAAUUUUCCUUGUAGGUGGGUCUACGUAGUACAACAACCACAACACACUGUGAAUGCAACCAUCUCACGUGGUUUGGCGGCAGAGUGGUUGUUCCUCCGAACUCCAUCAGUUUUGCAAAACUCUCAGAACGUAUUAAAGAUCCAAGCAAUUACGUCACCAUCUUGAGUGUGUUGUGUUCCGUCUUGGUUUUGUAUUGUCUGCUUCUAGUCUGGGCGAGACGUCGUGAUAUCAAAGAUGAAGGCAAGGUUAGUCACUGACUUGAUUUCAGUGGCGAAGCUUGCCAUAGCAACAUGUCAUGCUAUGCAAAUGUUUAAUGCCGGAUUUGUAUAUUUCAAACCUUUAGAAAUGUAUUGUUUAAUCUAUUUAGAGGCAGGUUUAUUAGCAUAACAUGACCAGUUGCCAUGGCUAGUUUCGCCACUGGUUUAUUUUUGUACGGGCUAAGGGAUUGAUUAUACGGCGAAUUUCUAACCCUGAAAUUUUAGGCUUCAGCCUGGGUUCUUCAAAGAAUCUCACAACAUGUCAACAAGAUGUGUUCGCAACAGGCUUGUAGCAAGCUUGUCAGCAAGUUGUAACAAUACUGUUAUUUCAUCAAGUUGCUACAAGGUUUUCACUCACAACUUGUUGACAAAUUGUUGAUUUCAGGACGAUAACAAGUUGUUGAAACAACUUGUAACAAGUCUGUUGUCAACAAGCUUGGAAGAAGCAGUGCGCCACCACGGAAAUUAUAUUUUCAAAUAUGUUUGUUUCAGAAUGGUAUCACGUGGUGUCCCAGUAAUCACGUGGCAGAUUCACACCAAUACCAGGUGAUUAUUUAUACUGGCAUCAGACGGAAUGCCGGGACAACAGCGAACGUCGGUCUAAUGCUGUCGGGUGAGCUCGGAAAGAGUCGGAAAUGCUUGCUGAAAAGUUCAAAACGUGAUGUUCUGAAACGUGGCCAUGUUGACUCAUUCCUUAUCACGACAACCGGAAGUCUGGGGCCGCUAGAUUAUCUCCAUAUAUGGCACGACAGUACCGGAAGUGAUCCGGCGUGGUUUCUUAACCGCGUGGUCGUGCUCGACUCGGAGACUGGUCGGGUCGAAAACUUUCUAUGCUACCGCUGGCUUGCAGUUGACGAAGGCGACGGCCAAAUUCAGCGGUUGCUGCCAAUCGCGGACGCGGAAGAUCUAAAACGGUUUCGUCAUCUGUUCGUUUCCAGGGCAACGAGCGAGCUGACGGAUGCGCAUCUAUGGUUUUCAGUUGCGUUUCGUCCCGUGUCCAGCCCGUUCACACGUGUACAACGCGUGUCGUGUUGCCUCACCCUACUGUUAACAUCUAUGAUGGCAAAUGCAAUGUGGUAUGAGACAGGGGGGAGCGGGAACGCGUCUCAGAUAAACCUAGGCUUGUUCAGUUUCUCGUGGGAUGAAGUAUUCAUCGGUGUAUGUAGUAGCUUCAUUGUGUUUCCAGUAAAUCUCCUCCUGGUUCAAAUUUUCCGACAUUGUCGGUCUAAGAACAAACCCUCUCGUCGGCCAUCUUUCUUCCCGACACAAAAGACGAAAGUGAAACCAGCAUUUUUCAACAUGCGCACGACACUACUUGGGUCACGUGAUGGAUCGGCUGAAACACGUGAUCGAUCACGUGAUGUGUCACAUGAUAUUUCGCCAGUGAUGCUGACGUCGCCUCAAAGAACGUCGGAACGUCUUCGGAAGACGAGCGUGUUGUCAUAUGUCGUAGUCUCGCCCCAGGGCUCGCCGGAUGGCGCUCGAAGUGUGACGUCAUUACUAAGUCACGUGAAUUCGCGGGGCAAACGAUUUAAGGACAAUAAUAUGUUACCAUAUUGGUGUCAAUAUAUUGGUUGGAUUGGUGUGUUUAUAACCUGUCUUACCUCGGCUACUGUUACUUUUAUGUACGCUAUUGAAUUCGGAGAGAACAAAACACGUAAAUGGCUUUUGUCUCUCACUAUUUCCAUCAUCAACGACGUUUUUAUCGCACAGCCGUCGAAAGUCCUUGUCGUCACCGUCGUGUUGGCCUACAUCCUCAAACGACCGUUGAAAGAACGCUACUCCAGCGAUGACGUCAUACAGCAAGAGACAUUGGAGACCGCGCCAACUCAGGAGAGUGAGUUUGAAGCACCGGACUUCAAUCUUUGCACUGCUGAUGAGUUUUUACGAACCGCGAGAGAACAGCGGGAAAAAGAUAAAUUCAUGUAUGGCUUAAUGAAGAAUGUCAUUUCACAUCUGUGUUUUACCGUGCUUGUUUUGAUCAUAGCCUACGGUCAGAGGGACAUCAUGGGCUACCAUUUAACUGCUACCCAAGAAAAUACGUUUGUUUAUAAAAGUUUUAAAGAAAAAUCGUUGAAAAAACAAACCUAUGGGUUUUAUCAGGUAAAGUGAUUCAAAACAGUUUUUCUUGUUGUCAAAAGUAGGGAGAACAGUUUAGAACUGGUGGAGCUAUCCAGUAGAAAUAAAGUUAGUUUAGUUUAGGUUUCCUCCUGUAGUAACACUGGAUCAAGAAGAGAUGAUCCUUACUGGACCUCUAGGGAGAACAGUUUAGAACUGGUAGAGCUAUCCAGUAGAAAUAAAGUUAGUUUAGUUUAGGUUUCCUCUUGUAGUAACACUGGUUCAAUAAGAGAUGAUCCUUACUGAACCUCUUGGGGGAAACAGUUUAAAACUGGUAGAGUUAUCCAGUAUAAAUAAAGUUAUUUAAAUAUUUUUAAUAUUUCCUUUUUGUUCAAGGUUACAAAUGUUAAAGAUUUCUGGCUAUGGAACAAAGCUGUACUUCUACCAGGGCUAUCAAACAAUGCGUGGCAUAAUUACAGCACUGAGUGGUCGACUUUUACUGCAAAUUUUGGAGGCUUCCUCUUUGGAGCCGCUAGAAUGCGUCAAAAGAGGCUUAAGAAAGGUUAGCAUACAAGAGUAGCCAAUGCCUCACAUAAGCCAUUACCUCACAUAAGCCAUUACAUCGACACUAAAUGCGAGAUUUCAAUCCACAUAUAUGACGAGAUUUAUAGAUAUGAUUCUAAGACACGUAAAAAUGCGCAAGUUACAGAUCUGCAAACAAGUUGCAACAAGGUUGUUGUCAAGCCGAUAUCAGGAUGUGUUCGCACUGCUUGUUCCCAGUUGUUGUGACAAGUCUGGAACAAGUUGUUAUCAUCUUGUUACAAGGUUGAUGACGGUAACAGACUUGCUACAAGUUCCAACAAGACUAUACAGGCUGUUCGUAAUAAAUUGCCACGAGCUUGUUGUCAUCGCCUUGUUAACAACUUGUUGCGUGCAGACGAUAUCAGACUUGUUGGAACAACUUGUUGCGAGUCUGUUGGCCUCAUCAACUUUGUUACAAGAUGACAACUUGUUCCAGACUUGUCAACAACUGGGAACAAUCAGUUAUAUUUUAGCCUUUUAUUUCCUUUCUUUACAGAUGUCUGCGAUGUGCUACCGAUGUUUAAAGACAUUAUUCAAAACUGUUCAGGAAAUUACGAAUGGAGCAAUGAAGACAAAGCUAGCUAUGAAAAUCGUUGGGCCAAACCAUCCGGUAAUAACCACCUAUGCAAUACUAGAAACAGUGGUACGCUCCCCCCGGAUCACUGGUGCUACACUAGCUUGAAUGGGUUAAUAACCGCCACUUAUGUUGGUCGAUUAGAGACUUAUUCUGGGGGUGGUUAUAGCCAGGUUAUAGGUCAAAAUUACAAAGCCUCUUUGAACCUGACAAGGGAACUUAAAGAGCACAAAUGGAUAGACAAGUACACUCGUGCAGUUUUUGUCGAAUUCACCCUAUAUAACCCUAACGUCAACCUGUUUUCGAUCGUAACCUUUAUAUUCGAGAUAUCUUCCAGUGGGGAUUUCAAUCCGGGGACAAAUCUCCUAUCGAUACGACUCUAUAAUUACGUCGGCAACUUCCAAAUAUUCGUCCUGAUUUGUCAGUUACUUUUCCUGGGUUUCCUGUGCGUAUAUACGUAUAAUUCCGCGAAAGGUAUUUUUCGAGAAAAAUGGCGGUUCCUCUCGAAAGCUUGGAAUUUCUACGAAUUUGUGUUGGUGCUUGUUUCGUGGCUUGCUGUUGCGAUAUAUUUCGUCGCCAUCGUAUUUCGAAAACGGAUCCUUCAGGAGUUCCGAGAGGACCCGACGAAGUUCACGAGUUUCCGACACAGCGCCUCCUGGCAGAUGUCGCUGGAGUACGUAAUUGCCGGCUUGGUGUUUUUGGUUUCACUGAAAUUUCUCCGGCUGUUUCAAUUCAACCGUCGCAUGUUUUUGCUGCCUUUGACCCUAUCUAACACCGCACGCGAAUUGAUAAGCUACACUGUAAUCUUCUCGAUAGUUUUAAUGGCAUUUUCGCUACUUUACCACCUAAUGCUUCAGCCGUACAAUCCGAAUUUCGUCAGCAUUGUUAGUACCAUAGAAACUCUGUUGCGUGUGUUGCUAGGCAAAUCUGACGUGCUCGUAAAACAUCAUCAGUUCCCAGACCUCGAACGCGUCGUGAUUUUCGUCUACAUGUGUUUGAUGAAAUUCAUACUGUUGAACAUUUUCGUUGCCAUUUUGAACGACGGUUUCUCGCGUGCAAGGGCAAGUAAUGAGAACCAGCGAAAUGCCUUCGAGUUUUUUGACUUUAUGAAAAACACCGCGAACGAAAUGCUGGGAAUAAGACGCUUGAAUGGCGCGAAAAAGCAAAGCGUUUCGUCGGUAAAAAUUCGACGUGUACGAUUUAAAGACGAGAAGCCAAUGAACAAUGUUGGGUACAUGCUGAGGAAGUUGGAGAAGAAAGUGGAAAUGAUGCUGAAUGUGGUGCAGUCUGACUCUUUUAAAGACACUUUCUACGAUGAGGGAAUAUAGAGUGCUAUACAAAUUAGAACCACAGAAAAUAAUUUAAUGGGUUGCAUCUGCACAUAUAAAUGUAAAACUCGGUUUCUUGUGAAUAAUUGAUAAUGCUGGUCAUUAUUCCUAAUUCACAAGUUUUUGGCGUUAUUUAAAAAAUGAAAAUGUCAACAAAAAAUCCUCAUAACUUUUUUCUUUGAUUUUUACCUGAAUUAACCCCAAAUUUCUUUUAUGUAAAUUAUUAAAAAGGAAGCUUAUUCAUAUUCUUGAUUUGUUGGAUCAUUGAUGAGUCAGGAUGGAGAAACAUUUCGUCGUCAAAAUAUUUCGCUGGAUUUCUUUUGAAUUGUGACCAUUCGAAUCACUCCCGGCGUUCUACUUGAUCGCUCACAAUUCAAAAGAAAUUGAAUGAAAAAUGUUGGACAGCGAGAUGUUUCUUGCAGAAUAAAGGCCAUUUCCACUCAGGAAAAUUUUCCGCAGAAAGAAAAUUUUGUAAAAUGUGUCUGGCCGACACAAAUUUUCCGUCGUAGAAAAUUUUUGAAGUUGAAAAUUUUCAACUUUUAACAAUGAUAUUUUCGGAAAAUUUUCUGUCCGUGGAAAUUUUUCUUGAGUUGAAAUGGGGCUUAAGAUCCUGUUUUACCUGGAAUCAAAAACGUUACCAUAGCAUUUUCUUUUGUGUCGAAGUCAUUAAUGAAUAAUGGUUCCUGCACCCUGGCAUACACUUAGCAGACAAAGAAAUAUACGCUUCUUGGAUACCAUAUACCGUUGAAGUGAAAUCAGGCUUUAAAUUUAUGUAAAUUAGUAAGA